AAGAAUCAAACCAUUGGCAAAGAUGACUGUGACUGCCACACCAAACAUCAACAAUGGCUGUCUCAUGGUGCAAGGCAAGGUUGUUUCAACUGGAGUUCCAGAAAAUGUUGCCAUUUCCCCAGCAACCUCUGGUUCAGCUUUCAUUGGAGCUUCUUCAACGACUCCAAGUUCUCGCCAUGUUUUUACCAUUGGAAUCCUUGAGGAUUACAAGUUCUUGUGCCUAUUCAUUGCCAAGAUCUGGUGGAUGAUACCGCGUGUUGGAAAAUCAGGCAGUGAAAUUCCGAUGGAAACUCAGAUGCUCAUUUUAGAAGCAAAUGAAGAGUCUGCCCUCAGUGAUGAGACCGCUUCUGAACCAGCUGCUGAAAACAAAUUCUACAUUCUGUUGUUGCCUGUUUUAGAUGGACCUUUUAGGACAAGUUUGCAAGGGACUCAUUUGAAUGAGCUCCAAUUCUGCGUCGAAAGUGGAGAUCCUGAUGUACAAACUUCACAAGCAAUGGAAGCGGUAUUCAUAAACUCAGGGGACAACCCAUUUGAACUGAUUAAGGAUUCUGUCAAACUACUGGAGAAGCACAAAGGUACUUUUAGUCACAUUGAAAACAAGAAGAUCCCACCACAUUUGGAUUGGUUUGGAUGGUGCACCUGGGAUGCUUUCUACACUGGAGUCAGUCCCAAAGGAAUCGAAGAGGGUCUUCAAAGUUUAUCUGAAGGUGGCUGCUUGCCAAAGUUCCUCAUCAUUGACGAUGGAUGGCAAGAUACAGUAAACGAAUUCCACAAGGAAGGCCAACCAUUAAUCGAAGGAACACAGUUUGCAACCAGAUUGGCUGACAUCGAAGAAAACAAUAAGUUCAGAGGCUCAGGUUCUGAUAAUUCAUGCACCAAUCUUGGACAUUUUAUUGAACAUGUCAAAGAGAAAUAUGGGUUAAAAUUUGUCUACAUGUGGCAUGCUUUAGCUGGUUACUGGGGAGGUCUCCUACCUUCAUCUGAAACAAUGAAGAAGUACAAUCCCAAGCUUGCAUACCCAGUGCAGUCCCCCGGUAACAUAGGAAAUCUUAGAGACAUAGUCAUGGACAGCUUGGAGAAAUAUGGAGUUGGGGUUAUAGACACUGAAAAAGUCUUUGAUUUCUACGAUGAUCUCCAUAGCUACCUUGCAAAUAGUGGAGUAGAUGGUGUCAAGGUGGAUGCCCAAAAUUUAAUUGCAACUUUAGGUUCUGGAUAUGGUGGCCGAGUCUCAAUUACUAGGCAGUAUCAUGAAGCACUUGAUGAAUCUAUUUCGAGGAACUUCAAAGACAAUAACUUAAUUUGCUGCAUGUCUCACAAUUCCGAUUCAAUUUACAGUUCAAAGAAGAGCGCGACUGCAAGAGCAUCAGAGGAUUUCAUGCCAAAUGAACCAACAUUUCAGACCUUACAUAUUGCCUCUGUGGCUUUUAAUAGUCUUCUUCUGGGAGAAAUCGUGGUGCCCGACUGGGACAUGUUCCAUAGCAACCAUACAACUGCUGAGUUCCAUGGUGCAGCAAGAGCAUUAGGUGGGUGUGCAGUAUAUGUAAGUGACAAACCUGGCAAACAUGAUUUCAAAAUUCUCCGAAAACUUGUAUUGCCAGAUGGCUCUAUCCUAAGAGCUAGGUAUGCUGGCCGACCAACUCGAGAUUGUUUAUUUAAGGACUCAGUCAUGGAUGGGAAAAGUCUGCUGAAAAUUUGGAACUUGAACAAGCUAUCUGGAGUUGUGGGUGUUUUCAACUGCCAAGGAGUGGGAAGUUGGCCAUUGAAACAAGCUGCUCAAAGCGUCCCAACCUCAACUACUACACUCCCAGCCAUAUCAGGAUGUGUUAGUCCUCUUGAUGUGGAGUUUCUUGAAGAGAUUGCAGGAGAAAACUGGACUGGAGAUUGUGCUGUUUAUACAUUCACUUCAGGAUCUCUUUCUAGAGUGCCAAAGAACAAAACCAUUGAAGUUUCUUUGGAUGUACUAAAAUGCGAGAUAUUUACCAUCUCUCCAAUCAGGGUUAUGAAUGAAAAUCUCCACUUUGCUCCGAUUGGCUUGAUUGACAUGUAUAACUCGGGAGGAGCCAUAGAAGAUCUGAAUUGCAACACAAUGGGUGCUCCAGGGUGCUCAAUAAGCAUCAGAAGCCGAGGUUGUGGUCAUUUCGGUGCAUAUUCAAGCACAAAACCAAGGUGUUGUUUGGUAGACAUGAAGGAAGAGGACUUUGCCUAUAAUGGUGAGGAUGGAUUCUUGACAAUAAUACUUCAAGGUGAAUGCAAUUCUAGAGUCAUUGACAUUGUCUAUUGAAAGGGGUGUUUUUUCAUUAUAAUUGUGAUCAUUGAGCAACACCCUGUCUCUAC